AUUUGAAGGUAAAAAAAAUGUGUUUAAACCACUCCUAGAUGUUUCAACAAUUUAACAAGUUGGUUUUUGUACACAAAUCCUGGGAUUGGGGUUUUUCUGCUGCUCGAGAGGUCCCAAAAUAUGGGGAGUAAAACCAGGAAGAAACAUAUAUACGACACACCCACUUCAUCUCCGUCAACCUCAGACGAUUCCGAAUCAUCAACGGAGAGGCGUCACCGGAACCGGAAAGACCGGCGUAGGAAGGACGGAAGUUCAAGGAGAGAGAAAGAGAGAAAAAGAGAGAAAAGAAAGAGGAAGGAGAAAGAAAGGGAGAGAAAAAGAAGGAAACUGCGCAGAGAGGAUACAAGGAAAAAGAAAAGGGAUUAUGGGGCUGAGUCUGAAUCCGGGUCGGGUUCCGAUUUUGGGUCUGAGUCUGAUUCUGAGGGCGAUAAAGGGCGGGUUGAGCCAGAAGUAGUUGUCCGAGAUAUGCUGAAGGAGUUUCCUAAUGUUGACAAAGAUUUGAAACAGCUUCUUCAAAUGAUUGAUGAUGGGCAAGCUGUUGACAUAAAUGGCAUAUCUGAAAGGUCUUUGAAAAAACAUUUGAAGAAGCUAUUUCUUUCUUUAAAUCUAAAGGAGAAUGGUGAUAGAGUGUUUUUGCUCUCUUCAAAUUCUCGUCCGACCUUGGAUGUAGUCGGCCACUUGAUUCAGGCUCAUACAGAACCUAAAGAGCAACAGCCCACAAAUUCUGGUUCAGUGAAGGAUCCACCCUCAAUCCUGGAGAAUGCCAAAUGUAGCCAAAUGAUGGAUGAAAAUAAUACAGACAGAGAUGAUUCUGCUACUCCUAAAAGGGUGAUUGGCCCUGCAAUGCCAUCAACCGAGUUGCUUGCUGCAGCAGCCAAAUUAACAGAAGCCCAAGCUGAGCUCAGAGAAGCUGAGUUUGAGGAAGAUAAUGAACAAUUUAUUGGACCUCCGCCUCCUGCUUUGGUUGCUGAGGCUGAAUCAGCAAAUGAAGCAGAACGUUUUGAAGAGGUCACUAGAAUUAUGGGAGUUGAACCUGAUUGUCCAUAUGAUGUUAUAGGAGCAAACCGAAAUAUGUCUGCUGAUAAUAUAAAGAAAAAGUACUGGAAACUGUCUCUUUUGGUGCAUCCAGACAAGUGUCCUCAUCCCCAGGCGCACCAAGCAUUUAUUAUACUCAAUAAAGCUUUUAAGGAGUUGCAAGAUCCGGAUAAGCGAAAAGCAUUGGAUGAAAAAAUAAAACUGAAGGAGGAGCAGGAGGAAUUCAAGGCUGAGUUGCGUGCAAUGCGUGAAGCUGCACAAUGGAGAAGAUUGCAAGGUAUAUCAAUGGAAGGUGAUGAUGAGCUCCUGGCUGAAGUGGAAGUUAAAGCUCCACCAAAAAGGGAUGACUGGAUGACAACACUACCUCCCGAGAGGAAACCUGGUGUGACAAUGCAAUCAACGAGAUUUAGCAAGAGCUCUAAAGAAGGGCGUGGUGAUACUAGCAUAUGGACGGACACUCCUUCAGAGAGAGCCCAAAAAGCAAAGAUGCAUUAUUUGGAAGCCUACAACGAGGCUGCUGCUCUUGCUUCUAAUGAAGAGGAAAAGAAGAGCAGUACUUCAGAUGCAGAUUUAGUGGAUAAAUAUAAUAAAGAAAAACGAUCCAAAUCAUUGGUACAAAAGCAUCAAGAAGAGGCAGCAAUGCGUCCAAAGAAGAAAGCCAAGCAACAGGCAGAGAAAAAAGAAUGGGAGGGGAAACAUCCAUGGAAGCCAUGGGAUCGGGAGAAGGACCUGGUCGCUGGAAGGCAGAGUGUAAAGCUUGAUACAGAUAACAUGGCUCAGGGUUUGACUUCCAGGUUUUCAUCCGGAACCUUUCAGAGGAACUUCCUUUAGGCCAUGAAUCCCCCCCCCCCCCCCUACUCCACCCUUGUUGAAAGACAAAAAUGUGUGAUUCAGUGUUCUAGCAUCUUAACAUGGAAUAUUGAAACUUGGUGUUUAAAAGUUGUCAAGACAAUAACUUGUAAUAUUGAAAUUUAUUGGUAGGUAAAAUAAUAUUUUACCACUCACAUCUAAUUGUGCUUGAAUAUUUA